AUGGAAGCUACUCGAUCGCAGACUCUGCUUCCUGUCAACUUCACUCUAAAUGAGUAUGAUUUCGGGCCCGUCUUUCCAGAUGAGGAUCUGCUUCUUGGGGAUGGGGGCGCCUACUCCAAUGAGAUGCUGUCAGAUUCGUCUCCGACUGACGUCUUGGAUCUGGUGGCUCACGAGUUUCUUAUGCACGCAAUCCUGGGGAUGGCGGCUUGCGACCUAAUGAAGGAGGACCCGAGUCUACUGGAAUUCGCCAUGGCGCACCGCGUAAAGGCCAUCAAAGCAAUCAAGAAGUCGCUCGCCGAGCUGCCCAAGAACAACAAUACCGCCUCCUCGGAGCACGCCAACGCCCUCGUGGCGACGUGCUUCGCCCUGACGUUCCAGUCCACCACGUUCGAGGACGGCAUGGCGGAGUUCAUGACAUUCAUCCGGGGCAUCCUCAUCGUCGGCGCGCAGAUGAUGAUCAAGGGCAUCAAGCCCAUAUUCGUCAACAUUCUCGAUCAGGACUCGAAGGCGGUACUAAAACCCAAGAUGGUCCAAGUGCCGUUGAUCAAGAAGGAGUGGGCUGACGGCGCCGUCGAGGCUAUCGGCGGGCUGCGACAUCUCUGCCGUGACGUGGUUGAAAUUCAGUACUAUGACCUCCUGAUGGACAUGGCAACGAAGCUACACAUAUCAUCCUGGGAAGCGUAUGAAGCCAUUGGGAAGCACUACGGUUGGUGGAUGCAGCUACCGCACGAGAAAUUCCAGCGCGUCAUCAACCCGUUGAAUCAAACCAUGAUACUCCUUGCCACUCACUGGGUGUCGCUGCAGCAGGUCAUGGUAACGAUAACCAGGGUCGAACACGAGUGCAGAGAAAAGGCGCCGGAGCCGAAGGAGGACAGCCCAGACUUGGGCAUCAUCCGCUGGCUGAGGUACCUGAACAAGCAGAUCGACUACGAGCAUCAGAUUUACAACCAGUGGCCAUUGCUGAGGCAAGGAGCUACCAGUAGCAGGAGCUUGUGCAAGCUGUGCCGAAAGGGCCUCAGAUUCCCGGGCAUCGACAAUCCCGAAUUGGCCCCUGAGGUCGUUCUGGCAAAGACACCGCUGGCAAAAAGUAAAGAGUCGUUUCGUGGCCUUUUCUCGGAUCACAAAAAGCACUCGUGGCGCUGCGACUACCUUCUCGAAGAUGGUUAUCCUGAUCUCCCUUACCUCACCAACUCGGCAUCCAACGGUUGCGAGUUUUGCCUGGUUUUACGUAGAGAGAUCCUGGCUGUUGGUCUGGAGAAGAACCAGUAUGAUAGAAUACGCGUCAACUUGAGUUUUCUUUGGAAUCCUGAACCUGCUGUGACCCAGAUGGGCACCAGGGUUACGAAAUGGGUGCUCCAAGCCGAUAUUGAGAGGCAUGAGGUAGACACCCAGAGACCCAGUUUCCUCCCCAAAGAGAGACUGUACACGGGGUGGUUCUCGAAAUCACUCUAUAUUUUCUGGCCGUUAUCGUGUCAGCCUGGCGAGCUUCAUGCCCAAAGAUUACGCAUGCCACCGCCAGUCACGGAUAGUUCUCUUACGGAACAAUCUGUUGAGUUUAUGCGGGCUAAUAUCCAGAGAUGUGUGGAGGGCUGCGAGCACAGCACUAUCAAAACGGGAGGCUUUGCCCCCCGCCGUCUGAUCGACGUUAGCGGAAGCGAACUGCGGGUUGUUGAAACCCGCGAAGACCCAGGUGUCCAAAAGUUGCGCAAUAUCCGCUAUGCGACGCUGAGCUAUUGCUGGGGAAGUCAGGAAAAAGGUCUGUCGCAGCUGCGGCUCCUCAAGCACGUCGCGGCAGAUCUCCGAGCUGGCUUCACCCUGGAAGCCAUGUCGCCAGUGCAGAGGGAUGCCGUGGCGGUGACGAGAGCCUUGGAAAUUCCUUACCUAUGGAUCGAUGCUCUAUGUAUCUUACAAGACGACAAAGAUGACUGGGAACGUGAGUCUUCUCUCAUGCAUAAAGUCUACGGCAGCUCUCAUAUCACUAUCUGCAACCUCAGGACCAGCUCAUGUCAGGAGAGCUUCCUGGAUACUUUCCACAUACCUGUGCGUCUCCCAUUCGAUCCAAAAGACAUGAGUGAAAGCCCCAGCUGCUACGAGAUAGGGCAGAGCUUUAUCUCGGACCGUCCAUUAGGCCACUUGCACGGAGGGCAGUCGUGGAGCAGCCUCGAGUUCUACAACACGGCCUGGCUGCAUCGUGCUUGGACCUUCCAGGAAGGAGCGAUGUCGGCGCGUAUGAUUCUGUUCGCCGAGUCCGGCGUCUACUUCAGUUGCAGCGAGGGCACCGUCAAGGAACACGGCGGCGUGCUGGAGGAACCCACGACCUUUACCACCAACAGCGUCGCUCUCGGCCAGUCGCGCCUGCAACUGUAUCGGACCUGGUACAACCAAGUAGUCAAGCAGUUUUCCGGGAGGGAGCUCACUUACUUGACGGAUUGUCUCACCUCUCUGUCCGGAGUCUCGCAACACUUUGCAGUCGCUCUGCAGGACGAAUACGUCGCCGGCCUGUGGCAGAAUGAUUUGAUCCGCGGGUUGCUCUGGCGGCCCGCAGAUUCAUUUCAGGGUUCUCUGGAUAGACUUCUGGAGACAUUUCAGACGGCUCCAUAUAUCGGCCCCUCCUGGAGCUGGAUCGGAAGGGUCCGCGGUCGAUCUCGGGUGGGUGAGGUGCUCGACUUCGGGCCUGGCCUCGCCAGAUUCUAUCCCGGCGGGACAAGCACCAGGGUUGUCCAGCUCUGCGAUAGGCUCGAAGCGCACGUAAAGCCGGCAGGCGAGGAUAAGUUCGGCAAGAUCUGCGGCGCGGAGCUGCUGGUGCAAGCCCCAGUUUAUCCGCUUGCUCUGGGAUGCUGCUUCUUGCCGGACGAACCGGACCCCGAUCCCGUACUGACCGACCAAGGCUCAUUCUGCAUUCCGCUCCCGGACGGAUCCAAGCUUGCCUUCAGCUUCUUCCUCGACUUCUUUCCCAAUCGCCAUCCCGAAGACUCAGGCCAGCCUUGGAAGCACGACUUGACUCUCGUUUUGAUUGGAAGUAUGCAGUAUGCUUGGGCUGGUGUCAGUGAGGAGGACCUAGAGGAGGCGGAUCAUCUACUAGAAGACGAGGGCCCAUAUCCGUAUGGACUCAUUGUUUACCCGGCGAAAGAGCCAAAUACAUUUUGGAGAGUGGGCACCUUUGGCCCCAGUCCGAUAGAGUCGCCCGGUGAAACGGUGUCCCUUCUCGGGGUAGACUUCUUUGAACAGUGUGAGAAGCGAAGCCUGAGGAUUGUAUAG